AAAAAUGUCUAAAACCGAUGAAAAAAAUAUGAUGGGAAGAUGGGGCGCCACUUCAUACAUUGUUGGCAACAUAAUAGGUUCUGGUAUAUUUAUAACACCCACUACAAUUUUAAAUAAUGUUCACUCUGUUGGGGCUUCUCUCUUAAUUUGGAUAUUGGCUGGAAUUAUAGCUACUUUGGGGGCUUUGUGUUAUGUUGAAUUAGGUACAAGUAUUAGAAAAUCUGGCGGUGAUUUUGCUUAUUUGUGCCAUGUUAGAUGGACAGCUAUUGCAUUUUCUUUUAUGUCCUGUGCUUGUAUUUUUACUAAUCCGGGGACUAUGGCUAUACAGAUGGAGACAUUUUCUGAAUAUGUUAUUCAAGGACUUAAGUUAGAAUUUUGUAAUUCAUCAACACGUUUUAUUGUAAAUAAACUUAUAUCAUUCAGUCUAAUUUUACUCCUCUAUUUUCUCAAUUGUUUCUCUGUUCGAGCUGUUGUAGCUAGAUUCCAAAUGGUGGCUAUGGGAGCUAAAGUUAUUGCUAGCGGAAUUAUUGUAAUUUGUGGAAUUGUUGUUUGGUUAAGUUUAGGUGUCCAAUCUGAUAAUUUCAAGGAACCUUUUGCCCACAGUAAUUUUUACCCUGGCAGCGUUGCUUUAGCAUUAUUCUCCGGUCUUUUUAGCUAUGAUGGAUGGGAUAUUCUAAAUUAUGGAGCUGAGGAUGUUAAAAAGCCUAGAAGAGUAAUGCCUUUUGCUAUAAUUGUUGGUAUGUCUACUUGCGCAGCACUUUAUAUAACAAUGAAUUUAUCUUAUUUUGUUGUUUUAUCAGUCCCUGAAGUACAAUCUUCUAAUGCCGUUGCUAUGGCUAGUUUAGUAAAAAAUAUUUUUACACCAAAAUAAUUUUAGACUUUUGCCGAGAAA